GUUUCCGGUAUAACGUGUGUGUUGAUCGGUGCUCAGCCUUUCUCUCUUGGCUUUCAGUAGAACAGUCACUCACUUCAGAGUCCCAGUUCCCUUACCUGGUUACCUGGUUAACGGCGUCAAAUCUCAAAUCGUGGACAUGGCAUCUGUUUCGGCACCAGCUCAGACAGCCUCUGCUCCUCUGCAAAGAGGGAUUGUCAAGAUGGUUUUGUCAGGCUGUGCCAUCAUUGUUAGGGGUCAGCCUCGAGGUGGCCCACCCCCGGAGCGUCAGAUCAAUCUCAGUAACAUCCGAGCUGGAGCCAUGGCCCGCCGAGCCGCUCAGGGCCAGCCUGACACCAAGGACACCCCUGAUGAGCCAUGGGCCUUUCAAGCCAGAGAGUUCCUGCGUAAGAAGCUAAUCGGUAAAGAGGUCUGCUUCACUGUGGAAAUCAAGAUUGCUUCAGGCAGGGAGUAUGGCAUGGUCUACCUUGGGAAAGACACAACGGGGGAGAACAUUGCUGAGUCUCUGGUCACUGAGGGUCUUGCCACAGUCCGCAGGGAAGGAAUCAGAGGGAACAAUCCCGAGCAGGCCAGACUCUGUGAACACGAAGACCAGGCUAAGGCAUCCAAGAAGGGCAUGUGGAGUGAGGGCAGCGGCACACACACCAUCCGUGACAUCAAGUACACCAUAGAGAAUCCGCGCAACUUUGUCGACUCUUUGCACCAGAAACCUAUCAACGCCAUCAUCGAGCAUGUGCGGGACGGCAGUGUGGUUCGUGCCUUGCUCCUUCCUGACUACUACCUGGUUACUGUCAUGCUGUCCGGGAUCAAGUGUCCAACAUUCAAGCGGGAAGCAGAUGGUACAGAGACGCCAGAGCCAUUUGCAGCUGAGGCCAAAUUCUUCACUGAAUCCCGUCUUCUGCAGAGAGAUGUUCAAAUCAUCCUGGAGAGCUGUCCCAACCAGAUCAUACUGGGUACCAUCCUGCAUCCGAAUGGUAACAUUACAGAACUCCUGUUGAAAGAAGGCUUUGCCCGUUGUGUUGACUGGUCCAUGGCUGUUUACACACAGGGAGCGGAGAAACUCAGAGCUGCUGAAAGAUCUGCUAAAGAGCGCAAGGUCCGCAUCUGGAAAGACUAUGUGGCACCCACAGCCAACUUGGACCAAAAGGACAGACAAUUUGUAGCCAAGGUAAUGCAGGUUGUCAAUGCUGAUGCCAUGGUGGUCAAGCUCAACUCGGGAGAAUACAAGACCAUUCACCUGUCCAGCAUUCGACCCCCGAGGAUUGAAGGAGAGGAGAAGAACAAGGACAAAGACAAACGUUUCCGCCCUCUCUAUGACAUCCCCUACAUGUUCGAGGCCCGCGAGUUUUUGAGGAAGAAGCUCAUCGGAAAAAAGGUUAAUGUGACAGUAGACUACAUCAGAGCAGCUACUAGCGCAGGAGAAGGCACUCCUGCUUUCCCAGAACGCACCUGUGCAACAGUCACAAUUGGCGGAAUUAACAUCGCAGAGGCUUUGGUCAGUAAAGGCCUUGCCACGGUCAUCAGAUACAGACAAGAUGACGACCAGCGCUCCUCCCACUACGACGAGCUGCUUGCUGCAGAGGCACGGGCUAUCAAGAAUGGGAAGGGGCUGCACAGCAAGAAGGAGGUUCCCAUCCACAGAGUUGCUGAUAUCUCGGGGGAGACACAGAAAGCCAAACAGUUCCUGCCCUUCCUGCAGCGAGCUGGCCGGUCAGAAGCAGUGGUGGAAUACGUCUUCAGUGGCUCCCGCCUCAAGCUAUACAUGCCCAAAGAAACCUGUCUCAUCACAUUCCUCCUUGCCGGUAUUGAAUGUCCACGCAGUUCCAGGAAUAUGCCUGGGGGGAUGCAGGUGGCUGAGCCCUUCAGUGAUGAGGCCAUGCUGUUCACCAAAGAGCUGGUGCUGCAAAGAGAGGUGGAGGUUGAAGUAGAGAGCAUGGACAAAGCAGGCAACUUCAUUGGCUGGCUACACAUCGAAGGUGUGAAUCUGUCUGUGGCGCUGGUAGAAAAUGCUCUAUCCAAGGUCCACUUUACAGCAGAGCGCAGCGCAUACUACAAAACCCUGGUCUCAGCAGAGGAGGCUUGCCGACAGAGGAAAGAGAAGAUCUGGGCCAACUAUGAGGAGAAACCAGUUGAAGAGGUUGUGCAUCUAUCAGAAGAGAAGGAACGUGUUGCUAACUACAGACCAGUAUAUGUCACUGAAAUCACUGACACCCUGCACUUCUACACCCAGGAUGUAGAGACAGGAGGCCAGCUGGAGAGUCUGAUGGAGACCAUGAGAGCAGAGAUCGCAGCCCAGCCACCUGUCGAAGGAUCCUAUUCUGCACGUCGAGGGGACAACUGCAUAGCCAAGUUUGCUGAUGGUGAAUGGUACAGAGCCAGAGUGGAGAAAGUUGAGUCACCGGCAAAGGUUCAUGUCUUCUACAUCGACUAUGGCAAUAGAGAAGUUGUGUCUUCCACCCGUCUGGCUGCCAUACCCCCUGCCUUCAGCACCAGGACUCUGCCAGCACAGGCCACCGAGUAUGCCUUCGCCUUCAUCCAGGUCCCACAGGAUGAGGACGCCCGUGCUGACGUGGUGGACUGCAUUGUUCGGGACAUCCAUAACACCCAGUGCCUGUUAAACGUGGAGUAUUCAGGUGCUUCCUGCCCACAUGUCACGAUACAGUUCGCUGACACCAAGGAGGAUGUGGGUCUCGGCCUGGUCAAAGAGGGCUUGGUCAUGGUGGAUGUUCGCAAGGAGAAGCACCUGCAGAAGAUGGUGACGGAGUACCUGAACAGUCAAGAAUCUGCCAAGAGUGCCAGGCUCAACAUUUGGCGUUAUGGAGACUUCCGUGCAGAUGAUGCCGAUGAGUUUGGUUACAGCCGUUAAUUAGAAAUGAAAAACACAAAACCGACCAUCCAAUCAACACCAUUCCAAAGACCAACAUGGACGGCGAGUGAUGCAUUGGACAGAAGACAAAAGAAAUACAGUAAACAGUGGAAAACUAAACGACAAGCAUUGACUCACUCUUCCUUUUUAUUUGAUAUUUCAUCCCUCCAGUCCUGACUUCUCUUCUGCUCAUAACUUUUUCUGCAACUAGAGAUGCUAAAAAAUAAAUAAAUAAAAUGAUACAAAUAUUUCAUCAUUUUUUUUCCAAUGGGCCACUGCCAGCUCCAGCAGCCUGCACUUUUGCCAAUCUGUGUUAUUUGCCAUGUUACCUUUUCAGCAGACUUCCUGUAUGAGUGAUUAUAAUAAUGAUACUUAAUGUGUUUCAGCCAAUCUUUGCUCUUUAAACCUCGGGCUCAAUCCGUGCUGUCCGUUGUACCGGGAAGGAACUGAGUGUGUUAGGAAAUUUCUCAAUUUCGUUUUUUUUUUUUUUUUAUUCUAAAAUAAUGCUUCCCUUAUGAAUUUCAUGUAAAUGUGAGGAUAUGUUGAAAAGUGUAAAUGGUUUAUUUUACAAUACUGGGUAGACCCACACAGACAAAAACAAAAAAACAAAAAAGGAUGAGUUUAUUUUUGUCCUCAGUGUAUAUCUGUGUGAUGAUGACAUUCGCGGAUGUUUUUGUGGGGAGUGUUUUGUCGUUUAUUCACUAUGUCACACUUUUAUGACCAGUAAAUAUGGACGCCACGAUGUGGCAUUUUAUCUCUAUCUCCUUCUGUAAAGUUUACAUUCUAAUGGAUAUGGUCAUGUCUUUGGCGGUCUCUUCUCUUUCUGUCUCUGUAUGCCAUAGCAGAAACAGUGUUUGAAUUUGUUUCCUUAUAAUGGACCUUUGCAUUCUAUUAAAAAUCUGCUAAAUAAAAAUAAGCAAAGUAACAUUA